GCCAGUGCUGAUGGGAUCUUGCUUUCGAUCGCGGCGAAAUUCAUCAAGCAACGCCUUCUGCGUCAGUGAGCUUUCCCUCCAUGUCUGUCUGCAUUUAUCAGGGUUCUCAAGCGGAUGGAGCGAUUCGAUAUCUGCAGGGACCAGGCACUGUAAAGACCAUUUUCGCAUUCGCAUUUGAAUUGUGGGCUGUGGCUUUUGUGCUGCGCUCUGAUUUUACGAUUUGAAAUCUUCUUGCCCGGACAAUUUAAGCAGAGAAGGAUUAUCCUACCAACCGCAUCCAGUCAUGUGUGGCGGAUUCCAGCAGAAGAACAGUGUACAUGUGCGGGGGCGCGACGGCCGGUUGCGCUACGGUCGCGUAGUGGACGUGACAAAGGAGGGACUCUUCGUUGAUUUGCUUUGUGCCAACCGUCAUCGCGAAUUUUAUUCGAGCAAUAACUGCUUCUUGCCGCGUUUUCUGCCCGGAGAACUGCUGGCCCGACUCGACGCUGCACAACUAUCGACUAUUCCUGUGGUCGUUUUGGUCCCGGAGACGCCGUCCGGUCCGUGGAUUUGGUCGGCGGGUGAAAUGCCCCGUCAGGGACGCGGUGUGCGGUACGCCGGAUACGAACAGGUUGUGGUCCAUUGGCAAGAUUCUGUCACAGGAUUAUCCUGCACGGAUAUCAUCCCGAUCGACCGCAUCCUUUGCCCGUUGUUUAAUAACAAACAAGGUGAGUUAGCUGGACCUGCACUUCUUCAGAUGAUGGUCGACGAGGAGCUUAAAAAACGGGCUGCAGUUCAAACUGUCGAUUGUGCUACACUGCAUCGGCGCAUGGCUCCCAACAUGUUUGCCCGGGUGAGUGUGCAGCUGGCCGAGGAGGUGGGCUCGCUGCCUAUGGAAGGGGCCCAAACACUAAUUAAGCGAUGGAACGCCUGCCGGCAGUGUUUACCUACAGAUGUUAGCUUUGUUAGCCUCGUCGCUGACCGAUUGGACUGCAUCUGCAAUUCGGCUACGAUUCGCCAUUGCACAAGCCAAAAACUUCUGAAUGACGUAAAACGAUUUUAUGAUGACUGGGUGUACCCGAAGAAGAAGAAGACGACAGUGACAAGGGAUGAUUGCAGCGCGCUGUCUGCUGAAUUGUGGCGGGAAGUGUUUUCUCAGCUCGACACGGUGACGCAGACGCGAUUGCGUACUGUUAGUGCUACGUGGAACGAGAUCAUGGAUUCGCCAACAGUGGAGGCCAGUAUAGUAAUUAACCGCUAUGUACAGUGCGCGUGGCCAUUUGAUGCAGACAAACAGUGCAGUUUUCUCAUGUCGCCGGCUCUCUAUAAGCGCCUACGCACCGGCACCCGUCAUGUUGUGCUGGUGGAUCGAGAACGGGACGAGUACGUGCCGGGCCGAGAGCGAAUGAUAAGAACUGAGGAUCUGCUGAAAGUGCCGGACAUGAUCCAUUACGUGGCGCAGCAGCGAACAGCGAUGCGCCUGACCACUCUGCAUCUGAUCGACGCGCACCUGAGCAUGCUGAUUACCAGCUCAACCAACAGCCUUGACCCUACGCCGUGUGUACUGCAUGCCAGUAACCCAGCGUAUCAGAAAGCCUACGCUCCGAUUCGCACCUACUGCCGUCUCGAGGAUUUCGUGCGGAUCGGCCAUGGUUUACCGUGUGAGACACUCCACAUGGUGGACUGCGUCAUCAAAUGGUUCUGUCCCUUAGACACGCAGAAGGGCCGCAGACGAGGCCCCGUUUUGACGAUGGAACUGCCCGAGGCACGCUUGAUGUUCAACGGGGAUUUCGGGUGCACACUGUGGGCGGUAUGCGAAGCGGCGUUGCCGGCACUGACUGACGCGGAAAUGCGCGAGCUGGACCAGUGGUUGACAGGUGUGCUCCAUCUAAGUGAUGAUCACCCAGACAAAGUUGCCGUCUGCAAAACGUUGUGCGCUACGCAGUCGAGUGAUCCGCGUCCGUCCGUACAUUACCGGGGGAAGAAGUGGUGCUGCGACGGCCUGGGAGAGGUGGAGCUGUCGAAGCUGUCGCGUAUAUCGCUGCACUUUUUCAAGCAGUUAGCACUGCCAUCGCGCAAAGGUUGGAAGUGUGCUUGA